GAGGCGGAGCGGGGAGGGGUGGAGCCCGGCUGCUGCUCCCAGGUUUAUGUUGGAAGCUCAGCUGAUGCGAGUCGCCUGGGGUGGACGUCCGUGCAGGGAAGUGGCGCGUCGCCGCUGCCACCGAAGUAGUCGCGGCCUUCAUUCGGGUAAGACCAUGAAUUAUGGCAUUUCUUAAAUGAAGCAUUCAGGACUGAAGUGACAGUCAUAACAGAUAGAAAAUAAGUGAUUUUUAAGUUAUGUCUAUUAAUUUGACUAUAGAUAUAUAUAUUUACCUCCUUAGUAAUGCCCGAAGUCUUUAUGGGAAGCAGAAAAGCAAGCAACUACAUUUCUUGUGCUCACCUAAACAUUACUGGAAGAUAAGCCACAUCAGUCUACAAAGAGGUUUUCAUACAAACAAAAUAAGAUGUAAAUGGACCAAAAGUGAAGCGCAUUCUUGCAGUAAGCACUGUUACUCUCCAAGCGACAAUGGGUUACAUGGAAUUUUGAAACUUAGCACUUCUGCUCCCAAAGGACUUACAAAAGUGAGCAUUCGUAUGUCCCGUAUAAAAAGUACUUUGAACUCUGUUUCAAAGGCUGUUUUUGGAAAUCAGAAUGAAAUGAUCUCACGUUUAGCUCAAUUUAAGCCAAGUUCUGAAAUAUUAAGAAAAGUAUCAGAUGGUGGUUGGUUAAAACAGAAAAACGUUAAACAAACCAUCAAAUCUCUGAAAAACUAUAGUGACAAAUCAGAAAAGAGUUCUGUUUUAGAAAAGCAAAGUCACGUUAUAGAUAAAGAUAAAGAUAGUGGCAAACAAAGUCCUUUACCUUAUACAAAUAGUAUAACCACGAAAUUCGGAGAGUCGUUCUAUUUUUUAUCCAAUCAUAUUAAUUCAUACUUCAAACGUGUCGAGAAAAUGUCUCAAAAAAAGGAAAACAAAGAUUUCCAGGACAAGUCAAAACUUGAAGAUAAAAAGGGUGAAGAAGGGAAAUCCACAUCUGCAACUCCUGGUAUGCUGACUGACAAGAAGCGAGGCUCAGAAUCCUCUUCAGAUACUGUGGACAAGUCCAAAAGUCCCAGUGGGACGCCUGAGGUCCUUCCAGUUUCUACUAAAAAAAGUAUUGCCAAUUUUCUUUCUUAUCCUACUGAAGGCGUACAAGCUUUAGUAGGUGGAUAUAUUGGUGGACUUGUCCCCAAAUUCAAGUAUGAUUCAAAGAGUCAGUCAGAAGAACAGGAAGAAGCCACCAAGGCUGAGCAGGCUGACGGCGACGAUAAAAAUGCACUGGAGAAAAAGCAUUUAAUUCUUCAGAGAGAAAAGAUUAUAGCAAGAGUGAGUAUUGAUAACAGAACCCGGGCAUUAGUUCAGGCAUUAAGAAGAACAACUGACCCAAAACUCUGCAUUAAUAGGAUUGAAGAACUGACUUUUCAUCUUCUAGAAUUUCCUGAAGGAAAAGGAGUGGCUGUCAAGGAGAAAAUUAUUCCAUAUUUAUUACGAUUGCGACAAAUUAAGGAUGAAACUCUUCAGGCUGCAGUUAGAGAAAUUUUGGCCUUAAUUGGCUAUGUGGAUCCAGUGAAAGGAAGAGGAAUCCGAAUUCUCACAAUUGAUGGUGGAGGAACAAGGGGCUUGGUUGCUCUUCAGACACUGAGAAAAUUAGUUGAGCUUACUCAGAAGCCAGUUCACCAGCUGUUUGAUUACAUCUGUGGUGUAAGCACAGGUGCUAUAUUAGCAUUCAUGCUGGGAUUCUUUCAUAUGCCCCUGGAUGAAUGUGAAGAACUUUAUCGAAAAUUAGGAACAGAUGUGUUUUCACAAAAUGUCAUUGUUGGGACAGUCAAAAUGAGUUGGAGCCAUGCAUUUUAUGACAGUCAAACAUGGGAAAAUAUUCUUAAGGAUAAAAUGGGUUCUUCACUAAUGAUUGAAACAGCAAGAGACCCCACAUGUCCUAAGGUAGCUGCAGUAAGUACCAUAGUAAACAGAGGGGUCAUACCAAAAGCUUUUGUGUUCAGAAACUAUGGUCAUUUUCCUGGAAUCAACUCUCACUAUUUGGGAGGCUGUCAGUACAAAAUGUGGCAGGCCAUUAGAGCCUCGUCGGCUGCCCCCGGCUACUUUGCAGAGUAUGCAUUGGGAAGUGAUCUUCAUCAGGAUGGAGGUUUGCUUCUGAAUAACCCUUCAGCCUUAGCAAUGCAUGAAUGUAAAUGUCUUUGGCCAGACGUCCCCCUAGAGUGUAUAGUAUCCUUAGGCACUGGACGUUAUGAGAGUGAUGUGAAAAACACCAUGACAUCUACAAGCUUGAAAGCCAAGCUGUCUAAUGUUAUCAACAGUGCAACAGAUACAGAAGAAGUCCAUGUAAUGCUUGAUGGUCUGUUACCUCCUGACACCUAUUUUAGAUUCAAUCCUGUAAUGUGUGAAAACAUACCUCUAGAUGAAAGUCGCAAUGAAAAGCUGGAUCAACUGCAGUUGGAAGGGUUGAGAUACAUAGAAAGAAAUGAAGAAAAAAUGAACAAACUUGCAAAAAUUUUACGUCAAGAAAAAACAACUCUGCAGAAAAUUAAUGACUGGAUAAAAUUAAAAUCUGACAUGUAUGAAGGCCUUUCAUUCUUUUCAAAAUUGUGAUGAGUGUGUGUGUAUAUUCCCAUAAAUGAAGGCCUGUUCAGAAGAUCCACAGACCCAGUGAGAAAUCAUAGGGUUCAACAUGAGUUAACUUUGAAAUACUUAUGAAUUCUGGGGAAUCCUGAAAAAGAUGGUGCUUGGACUAGCUUGCACAGCACAGAGGCAGAAUUUAUAAGGGAAUUAGGUUUUUAUGAUGUUAAUAAUUAGCUAUAUUUUAAGAAUCUUAUUGUGCUAGUUGGUUGUUGUAGAUAUCGGUGUUAUAUUGUUUGAUGUUUGAAAAUAUAUUAAUAUAUGCCAAACAACUGAAAAAAUAUCAUACUUGAUAUUUUUGCUUUAGUCACCAUAAUCAUGUUGAAUUUAUUUGAUCAUUGAUUUUCUUCCAUGUGGAAAAGCUAAUUUCUUUUUAAAUUUACAUCACAUGUAUUCACGAGCUACAUUCUGCUAUCAAAAUGUUGCCUUUUACUGUAAUAUCAUUUAAACACACACAGAAAAGUGGAAUUUUUUCUGUCAAAGUACUUUUACAUUGGAAAUAUGAAAGAACCAGAAACAGUUUUCUAUUCAAACUUGAUUGAUUCAAAAUCAUAGGUGAGAUUACAGUCAAUCACUUUUCACCCUUGAAAUUUCAAGAUAAUGCUGUAUGUUAACUUUUCUAGCUCUAGCUUAUUAUUCAAUGUCAUAAAAUUAAUUACUUUAAUUUACUAAGAAAAUAUUCUUAUUAACAAAAAUAAACUAUUGAAAUAAUUUGUUAAAA